GCUGCCCUCUUUGAUCAGCAGCCGCGACUACGUACGUACGUAUUGUGUACGAGCGUGAAAAACAUGUCUGGACCGGACUCGGACGAACUUAUCGCGCGUCCGUGGCCGUACGUACGUGCAUUACGUGUAUGGACGGCGUCAACAUCACAUGCUCAUGCCGUAAUCGGUUGCAAAAUCGCGGGGAUCUACCGCGGGUACGAGACCCCCGGCCCGAUGCCCCGUAACAAGCCUAACGAAAGAGCCCGUAGCCCCAACGGUCUCAAACGCAAACUCAAGCCCGAACAACGAGAAUCUCCCCAUCGAAGGAACCUUCGUUUUGCCAGCUACCCACUACUCUUCAUUUUUGGACUUCUUCGAUUCAUUGUCUUCCAAGUUUGGAUGCUUUUAUCGCACGCUUUUUGGCGAGUGACGGACAUCAAGCAGAAGUACGCCGUGGAUCGUUCAGCAGCGUACGCCUCUGUGGAGACUACCGUGAAUGGGACGCAUUUGACGGGGGUGACGAUAGCUUCCAACACGGACGGUAAAACUGGCCAAUCUAGCCCGUCUGGAAUGAUGAAUGAUAGCAGUUGUAAAGAGGCUAACUUGUUAGUGAAACAGAAACAGCACCACAAGAAGGCCUUCGAGUACAUCUCCAAGGCGCUGAAAAUUGAUGAAGAGGACGGAGGAAACAAGAAGUUGGCACUGGACUAUUAUAAAAAGGGCAUCAAUGAAUUGGAAAAUGGCAUCGUCAUCGACUGUGAAAAACCAGGUGAGGAGUGGGAUAGAGCAAAGCGACUACGGGAGAAGAUGAAGACCAAUCUGGAGAUGGCGAAGGAGAGACUUGAGCUUCUCAAUGUCAAAAUUGACUUUGGGCAACCAGAAGAUGAUGAGAAUCUAAAAGGUACAAUGGUGAAAACGUCUUCAUCUUCAUCUGCAUCGUCAAAAACUAAAGCCAUAUCCUCUCGCACUAAACCCCAAACCACAACCCGCCCAGGUUUUGACAAAAACAAAACUGCCGGGUCAGAGGUUAAAAAGGCUGACACUGUCCAGGGGAAAAAGCUGAGCAGUGUGGGACCCAGCAGAAAGACGCUGUGUGACUGGCACAGGGAAAAUGUGGCAAAGAAAGCCAAAUAUGCAUUGACUCAACCCCAAGGAAACGAGAGAAUAUCUUCACCCAAGAUGACUCACAAGACCAGCGUCUUGCCUCGCUCUACCCAUCGUGAAGGCAUCCGGAGCAGAAGCCCAGCGACACCAGAGAGACGACCUGCUACCUAUGCUCAGAGACAUAGCCAUGGAUCAGAGUCAGCGCUGACUACAUGCUCAAGGGGAAGAGGCCUCACUAGGAAAGACAUCACCAACGCCAACCAUGCACCAACCAAUGAAAGAGCACCGUCGGCUGUGAGGCUGAAAAUCAACAAGUUAAAGAAUGUGGAUUCCAAACUGGCGCACCGCAUACUGGAUGAGAUUAUGGAUAAUGGGCUACCGGUUAAAUUUGAAGACAUUGCGGGACAAGAGGUAGCCAAACAAGCCCUUGAGGAGAUUGUUAUUCUGCCGUCUCUCCGGCCGGAGUUGUUCACCGGUCUGCGAGCACCUGCCAGGGGCUUGCUGUUAUUUGGACCACCUGGUAACGGCAAAACAAUGCUGGCCAAGGCAGUUGCCCAUGAAUCCAAUGCAACAUUUUUCAACAUCAGUGCGGCAACGCUGACGUCCAAAUAUGUGGGUGAAGGGGAGAAGUUAGUCAAAGCGCUCUUCUCAGUUGCUAGGGAGCUACAGCCGUCGGUCAUCUUCAUAGAUGAGAUUGACUCUCUCUUGACUGAGAGAAAGGAAGGAGAACAUGAGGCAAGCCGACGACUCAAGACAGAAUUUCUGCUGGAAUUUGACGGGGUGACGGCCGACCCAAAUGAGAGAGUCCUAGUGAUGGGAGCAACAAACAGACCUCAGGAGCUGGAUGAUGCAGUACUGCGGAGAUUUGUCAAGAGAAUAUACGUCACCAUGCCUGAAGCUGAGACAAGGAAGGUGUUAUUGACCAGACUGCUGGCUAAGCAUCACACCCCUCUGACUGACGGAGAUCUGACCCAACUAGCUCAGAUGACCGAUGGUUACUCAGGGAGUGACCUGACAGCUCUGGCCAAAGAUGCAGCGUUAGGACCGAUACGAGAACUUGGCCCAACUCUUGUCAAAUCAGCAGCCGCUACAGAGGUACGAGACAUCAAGUUAUCCGACUUCCAAGAAUCCAUCAAACACAUUCGCUGCAGCGUUCAGCCUCAUCUUCUGGCCACCUACGCACAGUGGAACUCCGUGUAUGGUGAUGUCGCUGCACUUUGACGACCCUGCACUAGAACUUCUUGGACAGUGUGCCUGUGUGCCGCCCUCUUGUGACAACAGACAGCCAACAUUGUCAAUUGUGGUGUAGCACCCUUGAGCUAACUGGACUUUGACAUUUCUAAGCCAAGCUUAACUUUUUGAUUAUUCUGCACAUUCUGUAUACCACUCUGGACUUGUAUAAAUCUUGCUUUUUGUCACAGUUUUAUUGUACCUAAACAACCCCCCUUAAUUUCCAUACCGUAUCUGGAUAUGCAACACUGAUUUGCCUUGUGGUAGAGCGUGUUGGCAUGAAAUUAAAAUGAAAUGGCAAAAGAAAGUAAACACUGUCUAAAGUUUUGUAUCCGUAAUCUUAAGUUACAACUCCGAUCUAUUUACACUGUAAAUACAAAAGUGCAGUCUCGUUUGUCUGUGUAAAAUCACAAGUGCUCGUAGUGACGCUGCAAAAGAUCUACCUCUAAAAUAAAAGUUUACAAAAUUAAAAUUUUGGUUGAGAUUUCUGUGAUCGCACCAUUUGAUACUUUUCCCCUUGUUUGCUAAAAUUGACAUUUACUAAAAUGGACAUUUUCAAAACUGGAUGAGAUUUGAUCCAGAUCACUGUUAACCUGAAACCCCUCCUUUUUGUAAGCAGAAAUCAGCAAACAGUUUUGAUGUGGCUCGUUAGAUGAUUCAUAUUGCUGUUAUCUGUGAGGUUUGCGGUUAUUUUAAUGUACACUCUAUAUUUUCCUUGACAGUUUGGCCUUAUUUUUCUUGGGUAUGAUCUCAUUUUUGUUUGUGUUUACUACUCCACGAUACAAGGAUGGGUUAAUUCUGUCAGAUUUGGUUGAUCAGAGUAUGAUCUUAAAAUUCCUAACUGUAGGAUUCUGUUGGAUUCUGUGAGAUUCUGUGGGAUUCUCACUUUGUGUGUUUAGAGGAAACCCGAGGGGUUUAUUGUUGCGUUAGCAAAUUCGAUUCCCAAAUUCCUCCUUUAUUAUCUCUGUAUUUUUCUUUUAAAGAUUUACCCUAGAAUUUCCUACAGUCAGACAAAUAUUUUACAGUUUAUAUAGCAUACCAUGACAUACUUUUCAUUUAGUGUGCCCUUCGAAAACUUCCUUUGUAAGGACACAACAAAUUAGCAAUUUUGUAACUUGAAGGAAUGACUUGCGCUGAAUUUUUCCUUGGCCUUAAAAUACCAUCAGGAACAAAAGUCUUCCAGAAAUUGAAUGCAUGCUAAACUCCAUCAGGUAUGUUGCUUAAUGCUUUUUAAUAACUUGGUCUCAAGCUUCAUUCCAAAGUAUGCAAAACUUGGAAGCAAUGCUUGCAAUAAGCAGCAUUAUUCUGUUAAUGUUAUAAUCCAUGUUUUGUCAUUUUUACGAGGUAUUAAUUGUGAUAUUGUACCAGUGACCUCUUGCAUACAUAGUCUUAUUCUACAGAGACUGGCAGUUUGAAGCAUGUAUAAUCAUUUGAGAAAAGGUUCUACUUGCAGUUAGUCAAAAUUCGAAGUUUUGUGAGGACAAUGAAACUCAAGUCUUUUGUAGACAAUUCUUCCACAGUCACUCAGAAAGUUUGCAUUUGUGUACACCGACAGAGUUUUUUUAACUUCAGAAUUUGUUAGACACUUUUUGCCAACUUUGGAAAGUUCUCAGGAAGUAUUGGUCACUCCUCAACAAGUGCAGCCCUAGUCUGAGUAUCGCCAAUUGUCUUAGGAGCCCUCUCUGUAACGAAUCUCUGAUUAUGUCAGCAAUGAAACUUUUAUGCGACCCCAGGCACCAGCCAAUGGGAGUCGACUUUAGAAAUUGUGACAUCUUUUUGAUCAGAAGCUGUUGAUUGGUCAAUUUGGCUGCCAUGUUUUUGUAAUACAUGUACAACAGGUUACCGAAUACCUGAUAGAAGGUGCCUGCUGAAUGGUUAGCAUCUCGAUGGUCUAGUCUCGUUUUGCAUUUGUCGCCAAAUCUGCUCGCAUAUCAUAGACCCUUGCUGUGCAAGGGGAUAUUCCAUAGACUAGUGCACCCCCAACCCCAGCCUCCCCCCCCCCCCAAAAAAAAACCUCAAGAGAUGAAUUGCCAUCUCUACUGCUUCUUGGCCUUUGCACACACAGAGAGAUGACCUGGUUUAAAGAACUGACCUCAGUACAUGCUCUGAUACCAGCCAACCAUUUUGCAGCUGCAUAAGUUUGACCCCUCUGACAAACUUAUUGAAGCUUCUUGAUUUGCAGCACAUGUCUAGCUUUUACCAGGAUAUGUUGGUGUAUUUGUGUAGAUUUUCAUAGUUCCAUCACUAUUUUUAAGCUGAUUUUGCCAUGUUUGAAUACUGUUGGCUGAGUUUUUCUUUAUGGUCCAAAUUACAUAAUCAUAGCUCCUUGAGCAGAAAAUAAUUUACUUAGUCCAACUGUUCAUGGAAAACCGCUAAUGACAUGUAGUUGUGAAAGGGAUAGGCAAAUGUGAAUGUGGGGUCAUAUCCCCAAGCAGUAAGAUAAAACUCUUUUAAGAAAACUUAUUCUGAAAUUGAUUAUUCAGUGUGAAAUAAAUGAGAGAAUACUGGUCAUGUUGAUUCACUGGUUAUGUAACCUCAAAAAGAAACAUUUUUGUCUGAAGUAUGGUGAUGACUUCUAGGUAAGUGCAUCGGUAGUGUACCAGUUCUUAAGGGCGAUCGAAUUUCCUUGGUACGCAGAGACGUUGUUAUUCUGACUUCUCUGGGUGGAGUUGGAGUGACUCAUCUUUAGUUUUGUUGAUAAUUAUGGCUCACCCAUCCUGUGAGAUGGACUGAGGAAAACGAGGACAGAUAGUGACAUCCUAUCCCCAAACAAACUUGCAAAUCAAUGAAAAACUAUAAAAAUUAAUAAAAACAAAUAAUUUACACCAAACAGAACAUGGAUAAAAUUACAAGCAGAUAGACUGAAUGAAGUUAUUGGCUGGUAGAAAAAUAUCCGUGUCAUACUUAAUGCAAAAAUGUAUCCAUAAAAAUACAUCACUUGUUGCACCCAGGAAAUUGGAUAACUUCCACAAAUACAAACACACCAGAUAUAAGUUUGUAUUUUCUUUUCAGAAUCUGGCUACAUUCUGAUCUUUUUGCUCAAAUGGACUACAACACUUUUUUUUCCUUUUUAAUUCCAGAAAUUAGAAUUUUUACCACUGGAGUAAAAAACUGUUGCUUGACUCAAUAUGUGUGUUCUCCCCCCCCCCCCCCCCCCCCCGGCCAAAAGUCUUUUCGCACUUUUUAUAACUGCCUUUGAAUAUUUUCAUAUUUACCAACAAUUUUGAGCAUUUUGUAGUUGGCAGGAAUUGUGAAUUUCCUUUGAACUUCCAAAGGUUUUGUAGUAGUGUCAAGUGUGAUUUUUUUUCUCAUCUGGAAUCUUUCAUAAGGUGUGGUGCACUUUUUCUAAUCAAUACUUUUCUUGUAAUUUUGUAUAUAAAGAUGCAGGUGAAUUAGUGGUGUAUUUGAGAUUUUGUUUUGAUUUCAUGAUUUACAGUUUAUUUUAUUCCAUUGUUUAUUUAGAUUAAGCAGAUUUUGGUAAUUAUAUUGUUGAGCGAGAUAUCAGCUUAUGCGUAGCACUAAGACGAUUCAUGAAGAGGCAGCAGCCAACUAUAGCAAAUACAUGUAUCACACUGUAAGCGCUACCAAAACAUUUACAAUAUUUGCUUCUAGCUUGUAAUACAUCUUGCCAAUUUAAAAUUUGUAAUCAACAUAGACUUGUCAAACAGCUAUAAAUCAGGGAAAGGCAUUAUGGAGAUUACAGCUUAAUUAUUUAAACCCUCCCAUUGUUUGAUCAAUCACAGACAGUCAAAAAUUUCUUCCCCAUCCCUUGCCAUGCAUUUGUAUACAUAACAAGUACAAAAAAAAGUCGGAUCGCAUUUGUGUUAACACUAUGACCGACUAGUCAAAUUCCAUCAACAGACAAAAGAGGUAACUGGUAGGUACAGCUGGCAUAUCAAUCACCUCCAGUCAAAGCGUGGCUGUAUCAAACUAACGAUGAAAUUCUCAACCGUUCAAAACAGUCACUUGAUUGAUUCUGACUGCUGUGAUGUGUAGCUGAAUCUGUCAGCCAGAGAGGGAGGGUUUUUAAUUCCCUGCUGGAGUUUUCUUAAUUCAUACAAACUCUGCAAACCAGCACCAAUGAGCCAAACCCAGUUCAUAAAUGGUAUCUCACCCAGUGUUUUGUACAUACCUGUUCCUUUGUCAAAAUGCCAAAUCACGCUUUGUUUAUAAAUGGUAAUGUAAUAUCUUCAUUUCAUUU